UCCUCUCCUCUCCUCUCCUCUCGUUUGUCCCCAUUAGGGCUUUUCUCUCUCUACCUCCCUCUAUCUCUCUAACCCCCUCACACCUCUGCAAUGGCGAUUUCUAAACCCUAAACAAGCUCAAUCGAAAUCAAGAUUCGUUCUUCAAUUGUUUCCGCUGUUCGAUCUUCUCAAAUUUCAGGUGAUGCGUUUUCGCAAUCUCGCUGUCUAGGUUAAGCGGUGGGGAUAAUUAGGGCUGGGAGUCGGGGAUCCGAUUGGCGAAAUGGAUCCUCCGGUGGCGAAGAAGCGGGGCCGGCCGAGGAAGCGGCGGGCGGAGGCGAAGAAGCAGGCGGUGGAGACGGGAUCGAUUGCGUUGCUAGGGCGGUACGUGUUGAAGGAGUUUGAAACGAGUGGGAUUUAUCUAGGGAAGGUUGUGUUUUAUGAUUCAGGAUUGUAUAGAGUGCACUAUGAGGAUGGAGACUGCGAGGACCUCGAGAGCCGCGAGAUUCGAGGCAUUCUUGUGGCCGAGAGCGAUUUCGAUGCCGGUUUGAGUGGUAGGAGGAAGAGAUUGGAUAAGUUUGUUGCGAAAGUGAGUGUCAAAAAGGUUAAGGUGGAGGAGAAUGUGGAGAAGGAGGUGGUGGUGGUGGUGGAUAGGGUGGAGUCGUCGGAGGUGAGUGAGUGGAGCGGUAGAGUAGUGAUUGAUAAUGAUGAGGUUCGAGAGGAGGAUGGAGAUGGUGAGUUGUCGAGUGAUUCGAGUGAGUGUGGGAGGAAUGUGGAGGCUGGCGGGGCUGAUGUUGAGACACCAGCAUUGUUGCUGCCGCCGCCGGAGCUGCCCCCGUCUAGUGGAACCAUAGGUGUGCCUGAGCGGUGCGUUUCGUGUCUGUUCUCGGUGUAUGGUUUUAUGCGGUCGUUUAGCAUCUGCCUGUUCUUGAAUCCGUUUAGUUUGGAUGAUUUUGUGGGUUCGCUAAAUUAUUGCGGUCCAAACACAUUGUUUGAUGCAAUUCAUGUUGCUUUGUUGCGUGCCUUGAGGCGUCAUCUUGAAACAAUCUCAUCCGAAGGCUCAGAGGUAGCGCAAAAAUGUUUGAGGUGCACAGAUUGGAGCUUGCUCGAUACAUUGACCUGGCCAGUUUACUUGGUACAGUAUUUAACAAUAAUGGGAUAUGUUCAGGGACCAGAGUGGAAAGGCUUCUAUGAUGAGGUUUUGGACAAGGAGUAUUAUUUAUUAUCAGUUGAUAGGAAGUUAAUGAUUUUGCAAAUAAUUUGUGACGAUGUGUUAGACAGUAGAGAUAUAAGAGCAGAAUUAGACAUCCGUGAAGAAUCAGAAGUUGGAAUAGAUUAUGAUGAUGAAGCAGCCAGUGCUCUUGUAAAUGGGCCAAGAAGGGUCCAUCCGAGAUAUUCCAAAACUUCUGCCUGCAAGGACAGAGAAGCAAUGGAAAUUUCUACCGGAUCCCAUGAAGUAAGAUUAUCUGGUAACUUGAAAUCAUUAAGUUCCAAAGUUGCUAAAGGGGAGCAUGAUGCUACUGAUGUUGAUUUGGAUCGCAACUCUGAUGAUUGUCGGCUUUGUGGUAUGGAUGGAACUUUGCUAUGCUGUGAUGGAUGCCCAUCUGCCUACCAUACAAGGUGUAUAGGUGUGAUGAAACUGUCGAUACCAGAAGGAUCCUGGUUUUGUCCGGAGUGUGCUAUUAACAAAAUCGGGCCCACUAUCACAGUUGGAACAUCAGUUAAAGGAGCACAAUUAUUUGGGAUAGAUUCCUAUGAGCACAUCUUCUUGGGUACUUGCAACCACCUACUUGUGCUGAAGGAAACUAUCAACAUAGAACCAUGUCUUAGAUAUUACAAUCAGUAUGACAUUCCAAAAGUUCUGAAAGUUCUUUAUUCGUCUGGGCAAAAUACAUCAUUUUAUUUGCGCUUGUGCAAAGAAAUUUUGGAAUUUUGGAAUAUCCCAGAAAGCAUCUUAUCUCUUCCAGAGCUGGCUGAAUUGAAGACUAAUUUUGCUGACAUUAAGGAAAAUGAAGACUUUUCUUCUGCCCAGUCACUUCCUUUUUCAGGCAAGGAUUGUAAUAAAGUUACGGAUAUGGGCGGGGAUGGAAAAUGUGAGGCUUAUGUAAAUGGAGACAAUUUAGAUAAAGCAGUUGCAUCUUUCGAAUGUCAUAGUGAUAGUACACCACAGGUGCAGCGGCAUAGGAGUAUGGAGAUCGAUGAGAGAAAUAAAAUGGAAUAUGCUGUUUCAAUUGUUUCUGGUACUCAGCAAGCUAAUCCAUCUAACAGAAGCUCAGUUACCAGAUCAACUGCAACAGACAAAAGUACAUGCACACCAGGGAUUAUCAACAGUGGUAACAACGUGCAUGCAAAUGGGAUACGUUUUUCAGUGGCUUCACAAAAUCAAGAAGGCAAAUGUAUAGGGAAUGUCUACUCCACUUCACUUGAUGAUUGCAUAUACAAGGGUUCUCUCUUUAAACCCCAUGCAUACAUAAAUUACUAUGUGCAUGGGGAUUUUGCUGCAUCUGCUGCUGCCAAACUUGCUGAACUCUCGUCAGAAGAAGCUCGGGUUCCAGAUGUCCAGGCUUCAGGCAAUCCCCGGAAAGUUGCAUCAUUGAACAAUCUAUGGCAAUCAAAAGCCUUCUCACUAGUAGCGUCACGUUUCUUCUGGCCCAGUUUUGAAAAGAAGCUUGUGGAGGUUCCGAGAGAGAGGUGUGGUUGGUGUCUUUCUUGUCAGGCUUCUGUUGCGAGCAAGAGAGGAUGCAUGCUAAAUCAUGCUUGUUUGAGUGUCACUAAAGGUGCUAUGAAGAUCCUUGCCAGCCUCCGCCCUAUAAAGAGUGGGGAAGGGAAUCUUGUAAGCAUCACAACAUACAUCUUAUACAUGGAGGAGAGUUUGCAUGGUCUAAUAACUGGCCCCUUUCUCAAUGAAAAUUAUAGGAAACAGUUGCGCCAACAAGUUUAUCAAGCAUCAACCUGCAAAUUUAUUAAAGUCCUAUUGCUCAAACUUGAGGAAAACAUUCGAAAUAUUGCUCUUUCUGGGGAAUGGAUUAAACUGGUCGAUGAUUUGCUGGUUGAAUCAUCUGCGAUUCAAGGUCCUACAUGCACUGCUGGAACAACACAAAGACGUGGAAGUAGGCGGAGCAGGAAACAAAGUGCAGUUCAAGAUGUUGUAGAUGAUGAUUGCAAUGACAAGAGCUUUGUAUGGUGGCAAGGAGGAAAGCUGUCAAAAAUCAUAUUCCAAAGAGCAAUAUUGCCUAAAUCAUUGGUUAAAAGAGCAGCUCGCCAAGGUGGAUCAAGGAAAAUUUUUGGUGUAUCUUAUGUUGAUGGUCCUGAUAUUCCUAAAAGAAGCAGACAGUCUGUAUGGAGGGCUGCAGUUGAAUUGAGCAAGAACGGAGCCCAGCUUGCAGUUCAGGUUAGAUACUUGGACUAUCAUAUAAGGUGGAGUGAUCUUGUUCGUCCUGAGCAGAACCUCCUGGAUGGGAAAGCUGCAGAGGCAGAAGCUUCUGCUUUCAGAAAUGCAAGUAUAUGUGAUAAAAAAAUGUUAAAGAACAACAUUGUCUAUGGGGUUGCAUUUGGUAGUCAAAAGCAUCUGCCUAACCGUGUAAUGAAAAAUAUCAUUGAGACAGAGCAGACUCAGGAUGGAACUAACAAGUUCUGGUUUCUUGAAUCACGCGUCCCUUUAUAUUUGAUUAAGGAAUAUGAAGAAAGUGUAGCUAAAGUGCCUAUGGCCAUGACAUCAGCUCAGGAGCCUAAUCUGGUACACAAGUUACAGAGAAGGCAGCGGAAAGCAACCUGCAGGGACAUAUUUUUAUAUCUCGAGUGUAAGAGAGAUAAUCUGGACCUGACUACCUGCUCUCUUUGUCAGCUGGAUCUUAUAUUGCAGAAUGCAGUCAAAUGCAGUGCAUGUCAAGGUCAUUUUCAUGAGGGCUGUACCAUAAGUUCAACAGUAUAUACGAAUGAGGAAGUUGAGUUCUUGAUCACUUGCAGGCAGUGCUACCAUAUGAAAGCUCUUGCCCAAAAGCAAAAGAUUAAGGAGUUGCCAACUACUCCCUUGCCCGUGCAAAGGAAAGAGUAUCAUACUCCACUAACAGUCAGGCUUAAAUAUCAGAACCAACCAAUAGCCUCUAUCAAGAUUCAGCAGCCUCGUUCUGAGAUUAAACAAGCUACUACAGACUCGGGUAUAGUAACAAAAAAGCGCCGCCCAAUUUGUUCUUGGGGAGUUAUAUGGAAGAAGAAGACUCCAGAUACUGGCACUGAUUUCAGGACUAAUAACAUACUCCUUGGGGGUCGUUCAGAUGUGCACAAGUUAAAACCUGUUUGCCACUUGUGUCAUAGGCCAUAUAUGUCUGCUCUGACAUAUAUAUGCUGUGAAUAUUGCAAAAAUUGGUUCCAUGCUGAAGCUGUUGAACUUGAGGAUUCAAAGAUCUGUGAUGUGGUAGGCUUCAAGUGUUGCAAGUGUCGCAGGAUAAAAUCGCCUCAUUGUCCUUAUACUGAUUCUAAGGACAAGACCUUGCAAGAGAGCAAGAAGAUUCGCAUUAGGCGUUCAAAGCAAGAAAAUAUUGGCGAGGACUCGGAUUCUGCAACCUAUUUGGAUUCUGAGGUUUUUGAACCUGCUACUCCAGUGGAGGAAGUCGCCAUUCAGGAUGAUGAUCCUCUUCUUUUUGCUCUCUCAAGAGUGGAGCUAGUUACAGAUCACACUUCAGAAGUCAAUGCUGAAUGGGAUACUGCUGGGCCAGGGCCACGAAAAUUACCUGUGAGAAGGCAGGUUAAACGUGAAGAGGACUUAGAUACAUAUGGCCAGAGCAACAUAUCUCAUGCUGAAAGAAAUAUGCAUGAAGAAACAAAUUAUGUGUCUGAACCCAUGGAGAUUGCGUCAUUCCCUCAUGUGGAAUGGGAUGCUUCCAUGAACGGCGUCAAUGAUGAGAUGAUGGGAGAGUAUGAAGAUCUUAACUACGAUUUGAUGCAACCGCAAACUGUCUUUACAAUUAAUGAGUUGCUGGCACCUGAUGACGGUGACCUAUUUGAUGGAGUUGAAACAUUUGUGAAUUCACCAGGAAAUCUGGAAAAUCCAUAUUCAACUUCACAGCAUGUAGGCCCGGGGCAAUAUGAUGUGGCCGCUUUCACAGAUGGACCCAAUUCUGCAUUUUCUGAUACAUAUGUUAAUAUGCAAUGUCAGAUAUGUUUACAUGCAGAACCAGCUCCCGAUCUUUCUUGCCAGAACUGUGGGCUAUUAAUACAUAACCAUUGUUCCCCUUGGAUCGAGUCAUCUCAGAAUGACAGUUGGAAGUGUGGACAGUGCCGGGAGUGGAAGUAGCUAUGUCAGUCAGGUUGAGAGGGAGUCGGGGUAAGAAGUUGCAGGAAAUCACGGUGGAUUCAAUGAAUGGUUGUUAAUUCUGUCUUGUCGGAGGUGACAUCAGAUUGCAAAUUUCAGUAGAUGGUUUGGCUGUUGCCUCCUGGCAAAUACUCAUUUCUAGCCUCAUAAGUUUUGCAAAGGUUUGGGAAGCUGAAUUGUGACUUCCCAAUUAUAGUCGGUUACAUGCGCACCUCGAUUUGUUUUGGAGGAGGUUUGGGGGCUUUCUACUGUAAUUAAAAUGGGCAACUUUCUGCCUGAUCAUCAAAAAUUGGGGUGCUAUUGUCUGACAGCCUCAGGUGAUAAGCGGGUUUUUUUUUGUGGUGCUUAUCUGAUUGAUUUCAUUGUGUAUAACUGGAAGGUCUGUCAGCUUCUUAUGAGUUCAUUUUAUUCACAAUCACAUUGAUGGUUGAGGAACUUCUCGCAGUGCAUCUACAUGGUGUUUGUUUUUUCCAUC